CGACUCGCGCCAGUUCAGUGCGCGUCGUCGUACUAAAUCAACCUGUUUAUAGUUUUUUAAAGUCUUGAUGUGGUAAAUGAAUGAUCCCAUUAAAACACAUCGCGCAGCCAUGAUUACCAAAACUUCAUUAUAAGCACGGUGUUUCAAUAGUAGUUUAAGUGAUGACUUCGAGUAAACGUGAAUGAAUUACACGCGGUUAAACAACCGGUUGAAAUAGGGAGGCUGCGUCUGCCCCGCGCCUGGCUGUAGUGGAAUGCGGCAAUUUUAACUACUGCGGACCUCGGGGCCCAUAUAAGCACUGGGAUUGAUCGACUAUUUCAUACAAAAUAAGGUGAUGCACCGAGAAUGAGUCGCCGCGCGCGGCCGUGACAUGGGAGCGCAGGCAUGGGCUGGCGCGCCGAGCAACCGCCGCACAUCGCCGCCGGCCUGCUCCUCUUGCUGCUAGUCAACCUGCCGGUAACUUGCCACCAAGACCACCAAGAUGCUGUCCACAUCACAGCUAUUCUCGGAGAGAGCGUCGUGUUCAAUUGCCAGGUGGACUUCCCCGAAGACAUCCCCGUGCCGUACGUCUUGCAGUGGGAGAAGAAGGUAGGCGAAACGGGUCAGGACAUCCCCAUAUACAUCUGGUAUGAGAGCUACCCGACCCACAGUGGAGAAGGCUAUGAAGGCAGAGUCUCGCGAGUCGCUCCGGAUUCGCCGUACGGCGCCGCUAGCCUCAACGUCACCAAUAUUAAAGAAUCUGAUCAGGGAUGGUACGAGUGCAAGGUUGUGUUUCUCAAUCGCUCACCCAAUCAACACAAAAAUGGUACCUGGUUCCACCUCGACGUACACGCGCCGCCUCGCUUCUCCAUCACACCGGAAGACAUUAUAUACGUCAAUUUAGGGGAUGCUAUUAUUCUUAACUGUCAAGCGGAGGGCACACCAACGCCUGAGAUAUUAUGGUUUAAAGACGCGAACCCGGUGGAGCCAUCUGGAACGGUUGGCAUCUUUAACGACGGCACGGAACUUCGAAUAAGCAAUAUCCGACACGAAGACAUUGGCGAUUAUACGUGUAUAGCGAGAAAUGGCGAGGGGCAAGUUUCACACACUGCACGAGUUAUCAUCGCUGGCGGAGCUGUCAUCACUAUGCCGCCGACAAAUCAGACUAAGUUAGAAGGAGAGAAAGUUCAGUUUUCUUGCGAAGCAAAAGCUUUGCCUGGAAAUGUGACAGUGAAAUGGUUCCGUGAGGGGGCGCCGGUGGCAGAGGUCGCAGCCCUGGAGACGAGAGUGACGAUACGCAGAGAUGGAGCAUUAGUUAUAAAUCCUGUAGCGGCAGACGACUCUGGACAAUAUUUGUGCGAAGUUUCCAAUGGAAUUGGCGAUCCACAAAGUGCUUCCGCCUAUCUGAAUGUCGAAUAUCCCGCCAAAGUAACAUUUACGCCAACUGUACAAUAUCUACCGUUUCGCUUGGCGGGUGUAGUGCAAUGUUAUAUAAAAGCGAACCCACCACUCCAGUACGUAACUUGGACGAAGGACAAGAGACUGUUAGAGCCGUACCAAACGAAGGAUAUAGUGAUCAUGAACAACGGAUCUUUGCUUUUUACACGAGUCAAUCAGAAUCAUCAGGGUCGAUACACCUGUACGCCGUAUAAUGCUCAAGGCACGCAAGGAUCGUCGGGUCCCAUGGAGGUCUUAGUUCGUAAACCACCUGUGUUCACAGUAGAGCCGGAGCCUUUGUAUCAAAGAAAGGUGGGCGAGUCGGUGGAGAUGCACUGCGAGGCGCAGGAGGCGGAGGGCACGCAGCGGCCCAGCGUGGUGUGGCGGCGCCGCGACGGGCUGCCGCUGCAGAAGAGCAGGGUGCGCGCGCUGGGCGGCAACAUCACCAUCGACACGCUGCGCAGACAGGACUUCGGGAUAUACCAGUGCGUCGCUUCCAAUGAGGUCGCGACGAUAGUAGCAGACACGCAGCUCGUGAUCGAGGGCACGCAGCCGCACGCGCCGUACAACGUGUCGGGCACGGCCACCGAGUUCCAGGUCACGCUGCGCUGGCAGCCGGGCUACGCGGGCGGGCCCGACUACAAGCAGGACUACACCAUCUGGUACAGAGAAGCUGGUUUCUCGGAGUGGACCAAAGUGCCCGUGACGCCAUCCGGAGCCACAUCUGUGACAAUAAAUCGACUUCAACCGGGAACCACGUACGAGUUUCAAGUUAAUAGUAAAAAUACAAUUGGGGAAGGAAUGAUGAGUAAGGCGAUUACGAUAAGAACUCUGGAUGUGGGCGCAAAGCCGAAGGCGGCUCCCACAGUCCCAGGGCCGAUCGACGAAAAGAUUUUUCAGAAUGCACCUGAAGGCUCCGGUCCGAAGUCCGGUCCGCCGCGCAACCUGACGGUGACGGAGGUGCACAACGGGUUCCUCAUCACGUGGCAGGCGCCGCUGGAGCGCGCGCAGCUCGUGCAGUACUACACCAUCAAGUACCGCACCGACGCGCAGUGGAAGACGCUCAACCGCGGCCAGAUCCGGCCCGAGGAGACGAGCUACUUAGUAAAGAACCUAGUGGGUGGUCGAACCUAUUAUUUCCGCGUGCUGGCGAACUCCGCGACCAGCUACGAGAGCUCGGAGGAGGUGAAGUUCCCGGUGCCGGCGCGGGUCAAGCACAAGGCGAUCACGGCGGGCGUGGUGGGCGGCAUAUUGUUUUUCAUAGUUGCCAUUAUACUGUCGGUGUGCGCGGUCAAGAUAUGCAACAAGCGCAAGCGUCGUAAACAAGAAAAAGCAUACAACAUGGUAGCCGCGCGACUCACUGACCUUCGCGCUGCAGACAGCACUCAAGUGCCUUUUAAGAAAUUUAGAGAAAGCGGAAUAUCGAGUCUAGUGCAGUGUUUGCGAUUCACGGUCAACUGGAUCUGGCCGGCGUCCCGCUGCGGCGACUCGGCGCGGCCCCGCGUGUCGCCCGCGCCCUCCCCCGCGCCCUCCCCCGCGCCCUCCAGCUCCGCCUCCGACGACGGCGGCUUCCUGCCGCGUCUGCGGGCGCCGCUCAGCCCCGCCGCCGCGCCGCCCCUCUUCCGCGCGUCCUCCCCCACGCUCGCGCUGCACUGGCCCCCUUGGCCGCCCUGGUCCAUCUGGGCUCCCGCCUGGACGCCCUGGUCACCUCUCCACAUCUCCGACCUGAGCUCGGUGCCGUUUCCGAGCUCGGCGGACGGUUCCUUUCCGACGCCACCUUCUUUCCGAUCGCGCCCCCCGCAUAUCUCGGCUUUCGAGCCGCAGCAGCGUUUCUGCACGGGAGCAUUCGCUCGCGCGAGGUCGCGGCCUCUGCCGCGUCACGGCAGGCCGCGACCUUCCGUCGAGCCGCCCGCGCCGCCCCCGCCGCCCCCGCAUGAGGCCUCGCCCGAGAGCAGGUCGUCUUCUAGCGGGUUCGGAAGCAAAAACGCAUCGUCCUCUCAGCACAAUCGGAGCAGCCGCACCGAGAGCUUAGCGGAGUGGCGGCCGCCGCCGUACCGGCCGCCGCCGCCGGCGCCACCGCCGCGGCCCGGCUCGGGCGAGGCGGCGGACGCGGGCUCGGUGGACGUGCACUACGAGUGGGACCGCGCCACGCGCACGCCCACGCCCUCCACGCCGGAGCGCACGCGUGCGCGCGCAUCGCGCGACGACGUAGAAGCGCGCGUGCGCGCCAUGAAGGAGGAGUUUCUGGAGUUUCGCAAGCGCCAGGCGCUGCGGCGGCGCUCGCCGGAGCCGCUGGGCGCGCCGCCGCUCUCUCCCCUGGGCGCGCUGUCUCCGCUGUCUCCGCUGGCUCCGCUGUCGACGCUCGCUCCCGCCGAGACGGUGUGCUGAACCUCGGUCAUUAGAUGUUUCUCGUUUUUCCCCACCGAUACUGCGCUUUGUGAUUACCACUCUUUCUUCGUGGUUACAGUAGAAGAGAGCUAGAUUCCUGAUAACAAUCUACGAACUGACCUGUUUAUUUGCGACACUGUUACGAUCUUCCGUCAGAGUAAUGACCCCGCAACUUAGUCCACCUAGACUACAGAAUUUAGUCUCGUUUAAUCCGAGUCAACGAUGGACUACGAUGAUUAACGUCAAAUUUAUUUUAUUAUUUUAACUUUUAAAAGCUAAUUCCCUACAUUGAUUUUAUAAGUCAAUUCAACGAGAGACUAAAUAGGUUGUAUGUACAUUGGUAAUUAUUACGUACCUAUUUAUUUAAGUAGACUAAAUAGUUUCGAUCUUAAUUUAUAUAAUUUUGUAAGGAAUGGACAUCGUUGUCUCGUCAGUUAAACAUGAUUCGUUCGCAGACACUGUCGUGUGUAAUAUCCCACCUUCGUCGCAAGUCCCGCCGGGGCUGGCUACUAUAUUGUAAUAACAAAUCUAGAUUCAGUCAUAACGCUGUUUGUCUUGACUAGUAUUGUACAUACGUGUAUUUGUGGAUGCCGUGGCGUUUUGCAGUCGCACUGGCUGCUUUCCAACGAACAAAAAAAGUCAAUUAACGAUUCGAUGUAAUUGCAUUAAUUUUGGUGUUGCCAAAUAAAUAUACAUUAUUGUGAUACAAACAAAAACGAAUUGAGAUAUGUGGUUUAGGACAAGCAUUAUAUCAUUAAUCUUCUCUAAAUUUCCCAAAAUGUUGAACUAAUUAUAAUUACGAUGAAUGUGCCAUGCGAUGAAUGAACACAUCUGUAACCGUAACGUUAAGGUACUGCGUCGAAAAGGGCAGGCAGACAGUGCGAAAUUACGUUCACCUAAACGCUUUAGGUAUGAGCGGAGAAGCAUCCACAACACCGCUCAUACCAUUAUUAUAUUGUAGUUAAUAAUAAGGAUAACGUACAAUUAAAGUUUAAUAAGAAUUCUCGCACUCGGCACUCUAAACUCUGUUUCCAUGAACUUCAGCCUACAAGUUCAGUGCCGAAUGCGUGCAAUGAUAUUAUAUACACACAAAUAAAAUAAUUUAGAAUUAGUAUUAUAUAAAAACUCGAACCGACAUAAGUGAGUAAUGUUUUGAAUGGAGUUUUUUUCAAGUACAAAUUUUUAUUUUAUUUGUUAUGUACCUCUUUUGUUUAUUUUUUUUUUACUGUACAUAUGUAAAAAUAUAUUAGAGUAUUAUAUUAUACACAUAUUUAUUUAAGUAUUAUGUGAGGUUCAUGAACUAAGCCAGUAAUUGUGAGGCAAUAGUAUAAUUUUAUUUAGAGUUAUAACAUCUUAUACUAAUUAUACUGAAUGUAACCAAGUGGCACAACGCUAUAAAAGGUGCUCAAAGAAAUAAUUCAUAAUAUUUUGACCAAUCCAACCUAAUUACGUAAUAAGUUUGACAGAACGCUAAAUUCCAAAUUUUACUUCAGUACUAUUUCUUUGAUUAUUAAAUAAAAAAGAGACAGGAGAGCAUAAUUCGUUAACGUCUGUAUACCUAGCGAGACCACUCGGUUCCUUAGCAAUCCCACCUGAAAACCUAAAAUAUUAUUUAUUGUUCAGUCAUCGCGAAGACUGUCAUUAGUUUUAUUAGGAUUAUUUACAAAUUAAACUAAACGUUAAUUAAUAUUUCUUGCCAGCAUGAUUUUUACACAAUUUUGUAAACUAUUAUUUAGACAAAAUUCGUAAUUUUCAAUGUCAUAAGAACCUCCUUAAUUGUAAGUAUAAAAUGUACGCUUUAAAGAAAUUGAAAUGAAUUACAGAUAACAAAUAGAUAGGUAGUCUAAUAAGGAGUAGUGUAUGUUCGAGCGAGCGGAUGUGAGCGACAAGGAGCAAGCGUCGCGACGCGUGUACGUAAUUAAUCGUCUUUAGCAACGAGCGUCACCACUCAGGUCACUGCCGGUUAACUAGUUUAAGCUGCGAUAAAAUUUCACGUCUAUAGUACUUAUUUCGAUUGUUUUAAAUGCAAGUUUUCUAGGUAAACCCGCCUAGCGUUACAUUUAGAUCGUUAGUAUCGACUGUUUGUGCAAUAAAAUAACACAUUGUUCAUUAUGAACUACAUUAACAUUUAUGAUAUCGUAUGCUCAAUGAUUUCGACUGAACCACUUAAAAUUAUUCACGUCACCGUGGAACACCGUAAUGUACGUCAUCUGUAGGACCGUUAUCACAGUCGUUUAUUUAAUAUAUUAGAAAAUAUAAGAGUUUGAUUUGAAAAGUAGAUUUAUGUUAUAAAAGUUUAGUUUUUGAUUGUUAUUUUAUAUAAGUUCUUUAAGUGUAAACAGUGUUUUUAUUUCCAAUUUUAAUUGUCUGAAACUAUCAAUAAAAUAAUGUCUAUUAAUAUAAUCUGUUACAUAUUUAAAAAAAUGUGCGAAACGUGAAGUUUUGCAUCUAUUAUAGCAACAUUGUUUUAAUAUUGCAAAACGCAAUUUAACUUCGACAUGAAUAGAAUCAAUACGAAAAAAAUCAAAAUAGCUCAAACCAUGUGAUAUCUAGUCUCCAUUAUGACAACCUUUCCGUAAAUAUCGUAAUUUAUUAAAAUAUUAUAGUAGACUUAACCGAAGGAUAUUACACUGGUUAGCCAUUAUUUCUUCAGAUUAAGAACCACAAUCAAUCGUUUACUUGUUUGAUUACAAGCCCUUUGUUACAAUAUAAUAUUAAAUUUUUAAGAAUUAUACAUAGAGCACUUGAAGUCAUAAACGUUUUCUAUAGACUAAAAUGAAAAGAUAGCAAUAUAUUAGAAUUAUAUAAUAACUUUUAUCGUAUAUAUCAGUUUGUAUAAAAAAUAUACGAAAGUAAAUUAAUGUGCACAUUGGCAAAAUAUGACUUGGUGAAACUGGGGCACCCAAUGAUAAAAAAUUAGGAAUAAUGCACAAUAUCUCAGCACUAUACCUAAGUGAUAUCAAUUUUUGUCAAAAUCCAAGGUAGGAUAUACCUCUAGCACCAUUAAAGUUUUUUCAUCAAAAACAAUAACUAUGUUUAUAUUAAAACCUUACGCCUUGGUGGAAUCAAACCAUUGCACGAGCCACAAUUUUAUAACUUAAAGUAUAACUUUUAAUUUUGUUAGAGUAUUUUUAGUUGUAAGUGUUGAGAACAGUGUUUACUGUGUAAGCACACAAAGGAUUCAAUUCAAAAAAUAAAAUACAAUAACGUUGCUAUGAUUUAA